CGAAGUGGACAUGUGAUGAAGACCAGGCUUCUUCUUAAUGACGUGCAGAGACGGAUGACUUGCUCUUGCAACCCACCGCGUCCACCAGUCUACAGCAGCGCCUCGUCGUGUGAAGAUCCUCCAGUUCGUUACCACCCUCCCUGCCGGCACCACUUGAGGUGUCUCUUGCUGCCUCAGUCAAGAAGUCAGCUGGUCGCGAUGACGUCCGUGGCGCACUACGGCGUCCUGCUAAUGCUCGUCGUUGCGCCCAUAGAUUUCAUCAAGGGAUUCGUAGAUGGUGAUCCUUCAGAGGAUUUACGGUCAGCAGUAGCCAUGUCCCAACUUGUCCUCGCCCAGCAGGCUCAGUUCUUCAGAGAACUUAUCAACGCAACAAGAGGCAGAAACAACUGCUGCGACACUCUUGGAAAAUCAGAUUUAGAGUUACAGGAGGUAUGUCCCGACCCUUAUAGUACAGUGGUAGGCGAGUGCUUCUACUUGUCUCCCAACCAACUGUCCUGGCACAGUUCUCGACAUUUCUGCCGCGGAAUGGGAGGCGACCUUGCUACCCCCAGACAUCUAUACGCCCUCAAAGCAUUCAUCACUGAAAAACGAGGGCCUAAAGCUGUGUGGAUCGGGGGUACCGACUUAGGUGCGGAUGGCGGGUGGAGGUGGGUGAACGGAGACACCGUGGACAGUGCAGAUUGGGCCCACAAGCAACCCAACAAUGACAGGCCAGUGGAGCAGUGCCUCCACCUAAGGAGAGACUGGCAUCCGGUCCUCGGCGACUUGCCUUGUCACAUUUCUCAGCGGUUUGUAUGCCAGUACAUUCUUUAACUCUGACACCAACUUUGCAAAAUAUAACCCUAACCAGUUAUGAUAAUUAUUAUGUGAAAGCUGUAAUAACAUUAUGGAAAUUCCCAUAAUGAAUAUGACCAUCUCUCAAAUUCCCAUA